AUGCGAAGAACACCGCCAGAGCCCUGGCAGCGGCUGGUGGCCCUCGCGGAGGCCAAGCACAGCUGCGGGCUGCUCUACGACGACCUGCCGAAGCUCGGGCUGCUGCUGGAGUUCCUCGACGCGCACGGCGGGGUGCUCCUCGCGGGGCGCGGGCGGGGCGCUCGCCGGGAGGUGUGGGCGGCCACGCCCCCCGGCGGCUCGGCCGAGCUGGAGGUCCACUACGUCCUCGAGGGCUCUCCGCCCGCGUCCCUGCGCGAGGUGGCCCGGCUCGCCGCCCUGCCGGCGGAGUCAGGGCGCAUGCUGCGGCGCGUGGCCGAGCUCGGGCUGCGGGGGGCCGUGGACCUCGGCGAGGCCCUGCAGCUCGCGCCCGGCGCCGGGGGUGCCCCCGCCGC